UGUCAACUACGUAGGAAAUACGUUUGCGCUCCUCCUCUGUGCAUGGUUUCGGAACAGUGCCGAAAUUGCACUGGGAACACACGAGUUAAAGUUUAUUACCAAAAAUAAACAGAUUUACUCGAUCUAGACCGUCGGAUUCUUAGUUUCGUAAACAGAGUCAGACCUCACCAUGGAGACGGACUUGUAUGACGAGUUUGGGAACUACAUUGGCCCUGAGCUGGACUCUGACGAGGAUGAUGAUCUGGGAGCAGAUGACCGUGAUGCAGAUGAGGGUGAUGAAGACGAAGAUGAAGAGCCGGCCGAUGCCGAUGACGACGUCCCGGGGAUGGAGGUGGUGCUGCACGAGGAUAAGAAGUACUACCCGACGGCAGAGGAGGUGUACGGGCCGGAGGUGGAGACCAUAGUUCAGGAAGAGGACACGCAGCCGCUCACAGAGCCCAUCAUCAAGCCAGUAAAGACCAAACAGUUCACCCUGAUGGAGCAGGAGCUGCCUGCCACUGUCUACGACAUGGAGUUCCUGGCAGACCUGAUGGACAGUCCCGAGCUGAUCAGGAACAUCACCCUGUGUGGGCACCUGCACCAUGGCAAGACCUGCUUUGUGGACUGCCUGAUUGAGCAGACGCACCCGGAGAUCCGCAAGAGAGACGACUCUGAUCUCCGGUACACAGAUAUCCUCUUCACAGAGCAGGAGAGAGGAGUGGGGAUCAAGAGCACCCCCGUCACAAUGGUACUGCCCGACUCCAGAGGAAAGUCUUACCUGUUCAACAUCAUGGACACCCCAGGCCAUGUGAACUUCUCCGAUGAGGUGACUUCAGGGAUCCGGAUUUCAGAUGGCAUUGUGCUCUUCAUCGAUGCAGCAGAGGGGGUGAUGCUGAACACGGAGCGGCUGAUCAAGCACGCGGUGCAGGAGCGGCUGGCCAUCACCAUCUGCAUCAACAAGGUGGACCGGCUCAUCGUGGAGCUCAAGCUCCCGCCCACCGACGCCUACUACAAACUGCGCCACAUCGUGGAUGAGGUCAACGGCAUGCUCAGCACAUACUCCACAGAUGAGAACAUGGUGGUGUCUCCACUGCUGGGGAACGUCUGCUUCGCUAGCUCCCAGUACAGCAUCUGCUUCACCCUGGGAUCCUUCGCCAAAAUCUACUCUGACACCUAUGGAGACAUCAACUACAACGAGUUCGCCAAGAGGCUGUGGGGAGACAUUUACUUCAACCCCAAAACGCGCAAGUUCACUAAGAAAGCCCCUAACAGCAGUGCCCAGCGCAGCUUUGUGGAGUUUGUGCUGGAGCCUCUCUAUAAGAUCCUGUCCCAGGUGGUGGGGGAUGUGGACACCUCUCUCCCGCGGGUUCUGGAUGAGCUGGGGAUCCACCUGACCAAGGAGGAGCUGAAGCUGAACAUCCGGCCGCUGCUGCGUCUGGUGUGCAACCGCUUCUUCGGCGAGUUCACAGGGUUCGUGGACAUGUGCGUGCAGCACAUCCCCUCGCCACAUGGGGGCGCCAGGAAUAAGAUUGAACACAGCUACACCGGAGGCCUGGACUCUGACCUGGGGGAGGCCAUGACAGAGUGUGACCCUGACGGUCCUCUGAUGUGCCACACUACUAAGAUGUACAGCACGGAGGACGGGGUGCAGUUCCACGCGUUUGGGAGGGUGCUGAGCGGGACCAUCCAGGCGGGACAGCCCGUGAAAGUUUUGGGGGAGAACUACACCCUGGAGGACGAGGAGGACUCCCAGGUCUGCACCGUGGGACGACUCUGGAUCUCUGUCGCUAGGUACCAGGUGGAGGUGAACCGGGUCCCAGCUGGAAACUGGGUCCUCAUUGAGGGGUGCGACCAGCCUAUCGUCAAGACGGCCACUAUCACAGAGCCGCGCGGCAACGAGGAGGCUCAGAUCUUCAGGCCGCUGAAGUUCAACACAGCCUCCGUCAUUAAGAUCGCCGUGGAGCCGGUCAACCCCUCUGAGCUGCCCAAAAUGCUGGACGGCCUCAGGAAAGUCAACAAGAGCUACCCCUCCCUCACAACCAAGGUGGAGGAGUCUGGAGAGCAUGUCAUCCUGGGCACAGGCGAGCUGUACCUGGACUGCGUCAUGCACGACCUGCGCAAGAUGUACUCCGAGAUCGACAUCAAGGUCGCUGACCCCGUGGUGACUUUCUGUGAGACGGUGGUGGAAACCUCCUCCCUUAAGUGCUUCGCAGAGACGCCCAAUAAAAAAAACAAGAUCACCAUGAUCGCCGAGCCGCUGGAGAAGGGCCUGGCCGAGGACAUCGAGAACGAGGUUGUGCAGAUCACCUGGAACAGGAAGAAGCUGGGAGAGUUCUUCCAGACCAAGUAUGACUGGGAUCUGCUGGCUGCUCGGUCCAUCUGGGCCUUCGGACCCGACACCACAGGGCCCAAUAUCCUGGUGGACGACACGCUGCCCUCUGAGGUGGAUAAGGCUCUGUUGGGCUCAGUGAAGGACAGUAUCGUGCAGGGCUUCCAGUGGGGGACCAGGGAGGGGCCUCUGUGUGAUGAGCCCAUCCGCAACGUGAAGUUUAAAAUCCUGGAUGCAGUCAUCGCUCAGGAGCCCCUGCACCGCGGGGGGGGCCAGGUGAUCCCCACGGCCCGCAGGGUGGUCUACUCCGCCUUCCUCAUGGCCACUCCCCGCUUGAUGGAGCCCUAUUACUUUGUGGAGGUGCAGGCCCCAGCUGAUUGUGUGUCUGCGGUCUACACUGUGCUGGCCCGUAGGAGAGGUCACGUGACCCAGGAUGCUCCAAUCCCGGGUUCCCCGCUCUACACCAUCAAGGCCUUCAUCCCGGCCAUCGACUCCUUUGGGUUCGAGACGGACCUGCGCACGCACACCCAGGGACAGGCCUUCUCCCUGUCCGUCUUCCACCACUGGCAGAUUGUGCCCGGUGACCCGCUGGAUAAGAGCAUUGUGAUCCGGCCCCUGGAGCCACAGCCAGCCCCCCACCUGGCCCGAGAGUUCAUGAUCAAAACCCGGCGACGCAAGGGUCUGAGCGAGGACGUCAGCAUCAGCAAGUUCUUCGACGACCCCAUGUUGUUGGAGCUGGCGAAACAGGAUGUGGUGCUCAAUUACCCCAUGUGAUGUCAGAGACCACACCCCCUCUCCCAAGCUCGUUCCUUCACUUCCUCAAAAACAACCCUUUCCUCUGGAAUUUCUGUUUUUUUAGGUCUGUUGCUCAAAAUGGGUUAUUGAAUUGAUCAGAUUGAUUGGGGAAAACCCAAAUUCACUGGAAGUCGAUGGUUUGAGAGCCAUGUUUCGUGUGGACAACUCCCACGUGCCGGACAGAUAAACCCUCUUCAGAUGCACACGGACGUCCAGCUCAUGAAUUUUUACGUGUAUAAAUUGUUGAAAAUGUUUUGAUAAGAUGUGUUUUUUUUUUGUAUUUGUCAUCGCUAACUUGAUGCUGAACAUGUUUAAAUAAAACCUGACCUGUUCAACCUAAA